UUCACAUCUCUCACAUUUUAAAAUGACGGUACGAUCAGUACCCAUUUUUUGCAUAGAGUUUCAAAAAGUGCAAAUUGACAAUUUUCGUUUUGGUAAUAAUUAUUUACACAGAUUCCUUAUCUAAAACUACUUAUUACUAACGUCCAUAAUCAGUUUAUAUUUUGUCAUCACAUCAGCGAAAUGAAUUAAGCAAUGGCUUCUAGUUUAGACCCUACAAAAGUGGCAGAAUGCCCUUUAUGCCUGGACAUUAUUACUCCACCAGUAUCUCAGUGCGACGUUGGACAUUCUAUGUGCAAAAAAUGUUUUCAACAAUCCAAACAGUCCCAUUGCCCCAUAUGUUUGCAGCCAAUGACCAAUAGGAGACAUGUUGCUUUUGAACAGCUUUUAGAAAGUCUAAGAGACAAAUUGGAAAUAACUUGCCGUUACUCUAGCAACGGAUGCAAAUACCAAAUCACCCCGGAAACCAAAGAAACGCACGAAAGAGACUGUCGCCAUCGCACAUUCAAAUGCGAAGGAAACCUGUUCGCCGACUGGAAAUGCAACUGGACGGGCCGUUACGAAGACCUGGAAAACCAUUUCAAGAGGGAGCACAAGAACCACACCGUCAUGCAAUACCGCACGGAAGCAACGCUAAAAAUUAACUUUCAGCGGGAUUUUAAGGAUAUCCAGUUGAUUUCCUUCUUCAACGGUCAGGCGUACUUUUACUACAAACACCGGGUGAACGUGCAAAAGCAGAAAGUCUACUGGGCGUUUCAGUAUAUCGGGCUAAAAUCGAACGCGGAACAUUUCUUCUACGAGUUCGAAAUCCAUAACGGGCCAAUAAGGAAAUUUAAGGUAACGGAAAUUUGCACGAACGACACCGUUAGGGUAGAGGACACGUUCGAGCUGGAGAAAUGCGUGGUGAUGUCGUUCGCCUCUCUCAGGAACUAUUUGGACGCAGAAGGCGAGCUCAGUUUUAGGUUUAGGAUUAUUAAAUAUAAGCCGAAUCAUGUUUCCUAAAGGGAAUUAUUAUCCUACCUUUAUAAUAUUGUUUGUUUUUAUUAAUAGUGUUGAUUGAGGCGCUUUUUCCAAAAACAAGGCUUCUGGGUAUUGCGUUUUUUUUGAUAAUAAUAUAAAUCAAAAAAAACUAAUUAAGUAUAUAAGAAAUUGAGACUUUUAUCUAAACAAGGAUCAAUUUAUAAAAAAAAUCAGUGCCUAAUUAUAAUAAAUAAAUUAUAUAUUUA